AUGUUAGGGAGGUUAUUUAAUAACAAUCAUGACAACAAAAACACACAGAAAUUAUCCCCCCAUGCUAAUAGCCUGUACAAUAAUAAUAUAUGUUCCCUUUCCAAUCCAUUAACAUCAGUAGCAUCUGGUAGUGUAUGCAAUCCACUCUAUUUAGACGAUUGCGAUUUGAAUACAAAUCCGGAUUUUAUAAACAUGAACAUAAUAGAAGAAAUACGGUCUUCUUUUAAAAAUAUGUCAGAUAACAUGAAAAUAUGUUUAUAUGGUACCAAAGCGCCUAUAUACUCUACCAUCGAAAACGAUGCUAUAAAUUCCAAAAGUACUACUAAUGUUGGUAAUAAUCAUUUGAGAAGAGUUAAUGGUUUCAGAUUACUUAUAGCUUGCGAAAAUGGUGAAUUAAUGAGUAGAAGUAAUCACAAAAUAAUUUUUGACAAAACUGUAUGUUCUUCGGUUAACAAUAACAACAACAACAAUAAUAAUACCAGCAACACAAUUAAUAGCAAUACUAAUGACAACAUCAAUUUCAACAGUAACAUUUCGAAACUUAUUUCACAAAAUGAACUGAAAGAAUAUAUAUUUGGAUCUCCCGUGCGGUGUGGCAACCCUCGUUCUUUUGCAUCUAAUCAACUAAAUUGCAACUUACAAACAACGUCAAAUAGUAACAUAUCAAAUAACGAUGAUGAUGAGAUCAACACACUAUUACUUCAAGAUUCGGAUGAUAAACUACGUGUUAUUAAACUUCCAGGAUAUGAACCUAUAAUUUUAAUAUCAAGAACAUUCCGUAUUAAUGCUGCUCAAAGUCCACAAAUUAAUAAUAACGGUAAAAGUAAAAUUAGUAUAUCCAUUUUGGUUUCUAGCAGAUACACCUCAAGUAUAUUAGAAAGUUGGAACCAUGGUAUAUUGUUUUGGUUUGAUUGUGCUCAGCAAAGGCUAUCAAAUAAUAUUAACUAUAUGAAUGCUUUUAAUAAUCCUAACUAUGCUGCCGCCACCACUACUACCAAUAAUAACACUAACAUGAAAAGUCAGCAGUACAUUAUGGACAAUAACAUUAGGAUUUUGAACAGUUUUAUCAAAAAUUUUAUUCCGCUACUACUAUCGUACUCUGAGGUACCCAGACUAUUUCUUUACCCUUACGAAUACAAAAAUUUUAUUUUUGAAUGGUUCAAACAGGUAAAAAACUGGUUAGAAGUUAAAGAAGAUAGCAAUAAUAGAUUAUUUUUAUUAAUUUCCAAGAUAUUGUUAGAUUAUAAAGAUUUAACGCAAACUGAUACUUAUCCUAACAAUGGAGUACACAAACGGAUAACUAUUCUUUCGCAUAAUAAUAUUAUUGCUAAUAAAUUAAUUUUUAUAAUUUCUGCAUUAAUUCCAAACAGAUACAGUGGGAGCAUAUCUAAAAUACUAAGUGAUAAUAACGAUACAUCUGACAAACCCAAUGAAAAAAACUUAUCUGACCCAAGUAAUGUCAAAUCAAUUGACUUUUUAAAAAAGAAUUCCAAAGGUUGGGAUAUACCCAAAAAAAAUAGUACUUUUAGCUUCUCUAAAGAACAAGCAAUAAUUCAGCCGAGUACCUCCUUUAGUGAUGGCAAAUCUAUUCAAUAUGUUUGUUCUUCUUUAUCUAGUAGUAUUGGCUCGUCUUCAUGGUUUGGGAGUCCGAAUUUAAGCAGAACAACUAGUAACACGUCUUUGUUACAAUUUUUUGGGAAUAAUACUGGUAUUAUGUCUACACCCUCUCCUUCAGUAAAUGAAUAUGAUGAAUACCCUUGGAACUCACCUGCUUCUACCAGGUCCCUUCAUUCUUCGUUCUGCCCCGAGGAUGAUCAAUAUGUACAGGCUACCAAUAACUUUAACGGUAGUGUUAAUACUAGCAAUAACAAUAAUGGUGAAGUUAAAUUUGAAAACAUUCAAAGAAGUUCUUCUAGAUUGCAUGAUUAUAAAAACCUUCAAUCAUCCAUUGAUUCUGCAUUCGAUGCUAUUAUUUUGAAUCAAGAGGAUGUUGAUAUUGAUAGCGAAAAUAACAAAUAUUUCGUGAUUCCUGGCACUGAUACACAUUCAGACGUGCUAGAUGUUUCUAUGUAUGUUAACAAUAACACUCCUCUUGCCGAUAACUCUAAAUACUCAUAUAACAAGAGAGAGAUACCUUACAGACUAACUGCAUAUUCUCAUAGUUAUAAUCCAAAUUUUCAUCUUCAAGCCAUCCCACUGAACAAGUACAGUGAACAGCAAAUAAUCAAGACUAUGAAACUUGAUUUAAAAUUAGAUUCACUACAAUAUUCUAAAAAUCGGCAAUCUAGGCAACGUGUCAAGGCGAGCUUUCCCACAUUUAUCACUUCUAAGUCCCUAAUUAUCUCGCUACCAACAAGAGAUGUGAAGGAGUUUUUAUUAGAGAAAAAAUUGACUUCUGUUGAUAGUCCACAACACCAAUUACAAAAGGGCUCCAUUAUUAAGCAAAAAACAAUUAAACUGUCGCAUUCGAAUAGUAAAUUUAACACUGUACGGAAUCAAGAUUUACAAAAUAUGGUCAAUCAUGUAGAAAAUUGUAUUAACAAAGGAUUGUGUUUUGUUACGCAAUAUAACACGAUGCGCAGUAAUGAUCACAAAAAUAGUGAUACCGUUAACACCAAUAAUGAUGAUAAGUUUAGUAGGGAAAGACGGUCAUAUAAUAUCACUAAUACCAAUAGAAACUCCUUUAUCCAUGUAACUCCACCACCACCACCACCACUUCCGGAAGAUCUGAGUGAAUCUGAAAUGAAUAGAAGAAUAUUAGAGAUUUUUUAUCAAUUGAUUAAUAUAUAG